GUCCCCCGCUCCGACAAGGCUCUUACGCCAUAUGUGACGCAAAUUAGCUUACGAGCCGGGGGUGGAGGUGUCGUCAGCACCCGCCUGCGUUUGGCAGCGUUGCAGCGAGAGGGGCAUGUAGACCCCGCCUCGUAGCGGGGUGGGAAGCAGCAGGCCCCGCCUCGGCCCCUCCUUCAGGCUCCCGCCAGCGUCGCUGCGGCUCCGGCCCGGGAGGGAGCGCCCGGAGCUCUGAAGGAUGCGGCGCCCGCGGCGGCCUGGGGGUCUCGGGGGAUCCGGUGGUCUUCGGCUGCUCCUCUGCCUCCUGCUCCUGAGCAGCCGCCCGGGGGGCUGCAGCGCCAUUAGUGCCCACGGCUGUCUAUUUGACCGCAGGCUCUGCUCUCACCUCGAAGUCUGUAUUCAGGAUGGCUUGUUUGGACAGUGCCAGGUGGGAGUGGGGCAGGCCCGGCCCCUUUUGCAAGUCACCUCCCCAGUUCUCCAACGCUUACAAAGUGUGCUCCGACAACUCAUGUCCCAAGGAUUGUCCUGGCAUGAUGACCUCACCCAGUAUGUGAUCUCCCAGGAGAUGGAACGUAUCCCCAGGCUUCGACCCCCAGAGCCCCGUCCAAGGGACAGGUCUGGCUUGGCACCCAGGAGACCUGGUCCUGCUGGAGAGCUGCUUUUACAGGACAUCCCCACUGGCUCCGCCCCUGCUGCUCAGCAUCGGCUUCCACAACCACCAGUGGGCAGAGGUGGAGCUGGGGCCAGCUCCUCUCUGUCCCCUCUGCAGGCUGAGCUGCUGCCCCCUCUCUUGGAGCAUCUGCUGCUGCCCCCACAGCCUCCCCACCCUGCCCUGAGUUAUGAACCUGCUUUGCUGCAACCCUACCUGUUCCACCAGUUUGGCUCCCGUGAUGGUUCCCGGGUCUCAGAAGGCUCCCCGGGGAUGGUCAGUGUCAGCCCCCUGCCCAAGGCUGAAGCCCCUGCCCUUUUCAGCAGAACUGCCUCCAAAGGCAUAUAUGGGGACUCCCCUGGCCACUCCUAUGGGGACCUUCCAGGGCCUUCACCUGCCCAGCUUUUUCAGGACUCCGGGCUGCUCUAUCUGGCCCAGGAGUUGCCAACACCCAGCAGGGCCAGGAUGCCAAGGCUGCCAGAGCAAGGGGGCAGCAGCCGGGCUGAGGACUCCCCAGGGGGCUAUGAGGAGGAAGGACUAGGGGGCCGCAGAGAGAAGCCUGCUUCCCCAGCAGUGCAGCCAGACACGGCUCUGCAGAGGCUGGCCGCUGUGCUGGCGGGCUACGGGGUAGAGCUGCGUCAGCUGACCCGUCAGCUGACCCCUGAGCAGCUCUCCACCCUCCUGACCCUGCUGCAGCUACUGCCCAAUGGUGCAGGAAGAAAUCCAGGAGGGGUUGUAAAUGUUGGAGCUGAUAUCAAGAAAACAAUGGAGGGGCCAGUGGAGGGCAGAGACACAGCAGAGCCUCCACCCCCCACACCCUCCAUGCCUGGAUACCCCACUGCCAGUUCCACCUCCAGUGAAGUCCAGCAGGUGCCAAGCCCUGUCUCCUCUGAGCCUCCUGAAGCUGCCAGACCCCCCGCUACACCUGUCCUGCUAGAGAAGAAAAGUCCACUGGGCCAGAGCCAGCCCACAGCAGCAGGACAGCCCUCAGCCCGGCCAGCAGCAGAGGAAUAUGGCUACAUUGUCACUGACCAGAAGCCCCUGAGCCUGGCUGCAGGAGUGAAGCUGCUGGAGAUCCUGGCUGAGCAUGUGCACAUGUCCUCAGGCAGCUUCAUCAACAUCAGUGUGGUGGGACCGGCCCUGACCUUCCGCAUCCGGCAUAAUGAGCAAAACCUGUCUUUGGCUGAUGUGACCCAACAAGCAGGGCUGGUGAAGUCUGAACUGGAAGCACAGACAGGGCUCCAAAUCUUGCAGACAGGAGUGGGACAGAGGGAGGAGGCAGCCGCAGUCCUUCCCCGGACCGCGCACGGCACCUCUCCCAUGCACUCAGUGCUGCUCACUCUGGUGGCCCUGGCAGGCGUGGCCGGGCUGCUGGUGGCUCUGGCUGUGGCUCUGUGUGUGCGGCAGCAUGCGCGGCAGCGGGACAAGGAGCGCCUGGCAGCCCUGGGGCCUGAGGGGGCCCAUGGUGACACUACCUUUGAGUACCAGGACCUGUGCCGCCAGCACAUGGCCACAAAGUCCCUGUUCACCAGGGCAGAGGGUCCACCAGAGCCUUCACGGGUGAGCAGCGUGUCCUCCCAGUUCAGCGACGUGGCCCAGGCCAGCCCCAGCUCCCACAGCAGCACCCCGUCCUGGUGCGAGGAGCCGGCCCAGGCCAACAUGGACAUCUCCACGGGACACAUGAUUCUGGCGUACAUGGAAGACCACCUGCGGAAUCGGGACCGCCUGGCCAAGGAAUGGCAGGCCCUCUGUGCCUACCAAGCAGAGCCAAACACCUGUGCCACUGCGCAGGGGGAGGGUAACGUCAAAAAGAACCGGCAUCCUGACUUCCUGCCCUAUGACCAUGCCCGCAUAAAACUGAAGGUGGAAAGCAGCCCUUCUCGGAGUGAUUACAUCAACGCCAGCCCCAUUAUUGAGCAUGACCCUCGGAUGCCAGCCUACAUAGCCACGCAGGGCCCGCUGUCCCAUACCAUCGCAGACUUCUGGCAGAUGGUGUGGGAAAGCGGCUGCACUGUCAUCGUCAUGUUGACCCCGCUGGUGGAGGAUGGUGUCAAGCAGUGUGACCGCUACUGGCCGGAUGAGGGUUCUUCCCUCUACCAUGUAUAUGAGGUCAGCAGGGCCCCACAGCAAGGGGACAGUGAGUGUGGGGAUAGUAGAUGA